GGGAGGGAGGCAGCACUCAGUUAGCCGGGCUCCACCGCUAAGGCAACACGUGUGACUCAGGUGCUCCCACACCUCUUCAGUGGCUCAGUGGCUGGCCCGCUGAAGCAGACGACACUUGCCGGUAGGCGUACCUGUGCAAACUCCCUCACGUGCACGCCAGAAAUACGAAGACAGUCACACAGCUUUACUUGUCCCAAGGUGAUCGAGACGCUAUAAGUUUCACCAUUUGCAAAGAAAAAAAAAAAAGAAAUACUUUGCAACAGUGGCGGCUACACAUGCCAGCUGAUACUGACUUGUAUUUGAUAUACGGUGACGAGAGUUAGAGAAACUGCGACUAUGGCGAAAACCGAAAAGGAGGUGGAGGGGCAGAGUGACUCUGUGGACACUAACAACAACACAGGAAAAACGGAAAAUGACUCCUCGAGUAACAGUCCAACAGCAGCUUCCGGAGGCAAGUACCAGCUGCGGCCUCGGUCCAUCCAGGCGCGGCGUCACUCUGACAGCGAGUGGAGCCUACAGGACACGCUGCGCCACAAGCCGAGGCCGCAGCCGCUGUCCCGCUACCGCCGUAAGACAGCCAACGCGAGAGAGAGGUACCGCAUGCGACAGAUCAACACAGCAUUCGAGAGUUUGCGGGGCGUGCUCCCUUCCUGGGUGUGCAGCCGCCGCGCCGCAGCAGACAUGACCAAGAUCGCCACGCUGCGGUUGGCCUCCGCCUACAUCAGAUCGCUGCAGGACAUCCUGGACGGCAACGCCCCCGAGGACACCUGCACCUGGGUCAUCUCUAGCAUCUUGGGUGAGGACUCUGCCUCUCAAGAAUCGAAAACAAAAUUCCAGUUUCAAGAAUACCAACCCAAUCUGAAAGUAAGUAGUCCCGAUAAGAUCCAACACACGGCAGGCGACUCACAACAAGAUCCUGAUUUGGUGUCCCUGCUGUGCACCUCCUCGGACACGGGAGUCUUCCAAGAUAACCUCGAAACGUUCUCGUACCUGACGCCGAUGUCUGAAUCGGAGGCGGUCGCUCUCCUGCUUGGGAGCGAAUCGAAUAGAGGGUGGAGUGACGUCCACCAUACGCCCGUGGUGUCCUGAUGUUGACAGCCAAGGCCACACCCACUCUGCAGGGCGUGUGGCCGUUGAUGGGACCAGCAACAAUGACAAGUGGCACCAGCCUCGCCUUAUCUCCUCUGUAGUGACCGUCGCCGCACUCUGAGCUGCGAACUGUGAUGACAGAAAAUAAUAUAUUGUUUAAUGUAGAAAUGUAUUUAUGAGGUAAUAGGUAGAUCGUGCUGAAGACACUUAAAGUCAACAGGGAGUGCAAAUUAGAUUAAGAAAGGAAUGUAACGUUCAUAUGUCCACUCUUUAUUGCAACUGUGAAAGGCAGAACAUUACGACCAGACGACAACUUCCGGAGUGAUCUGCAGCGGUAGUGACCGUCGUCUCGUUCACACCACAUCCACCAGCCCGGCCUGCAACCUUCCGCCUCGUGUGUCCGGGGCACUGAGCCCCCACAUGCCUUUUUAACCCUCAAAGGCCGCCUUUUGAUGUCUCGCUGAUGGCCACAACAGUCGAGUCCGCCAAGAAAAUUUGGAGAAGCACAUCCAAUAAAAAUUUUCUUGAGUGGAUAGUAAUACAUAAAUACACCAUCAACAGUAGGCAGUCAAUAAAUCUUUCUUGGCAGCUACGAGGCGGCCUUGUUCUCCAGCUAAAGUGUGGGAAAGUAAGGGCGGCAGCAGCAUGCGGAUCAACUUUGUCACAUCGUAUAUAAAUCUAGUCAUUCCCUUUGUGCCAUACGAUAAAGACAUGAAGUACUACAUAACACGCUGCCUAACAGUUAAAAACAAUAAUACAAAAGGUGACAUUGACGACCAUUGCAAUUAUAUUUUAAUUAACAUUUUGUGUAAAUUUUAUUGGGUUGCUGUGGCUUCCUCCCGCGGGAGGGUGAGGCCACGCGGGGAUGUGAGGGCUGAGAAUGCAGGGAGGAGUGGACUGUUGCGGGGAAGUGUUGCAGAGAGCCCACCGUCAGCCCUGACAGCCCCGAGUGAGUCUCGCAGUCCAGCAGAGGUCAGCCACACGCCGCACGGUGCUGUAUCUUGUGCAUCAUAGCUAGAGGUCAUCUAUUGUAUAGCUCUCAAGGUAAACAUAUGGGUUUAUUUCUCCUGUUAAACUAGAAAUUAAAUUAUGAUUUUUA